AUGGAUUUCACAAGCCUAUCUCCCAAUUUUAGACACCAAGGUAUUAACAAUAAGAGGAUUGCAAAAUAAAUUUGAAUUUGAGCAUAAAUUUCUUUGAUUUUAUGAACAGAUGAAUGCUUGAUGAAGCUGUGGUGGGUUGGACAUGUACUAGAAAAUAGAUGUAGAAUGUCAAUAAGGCCAGAAAACAAUUAUUAUAUUACCGAGGUGUUAUUUGAAGUAUCUUAUAAAAAAAAUUAUCUCAUGUCAAAACUUGACUGUGAAGUCUAAAUCUUUGAGAUUUAAUUAAUAAAAAGUUGUAUGCACUUACAUCAAUGUCAGCUCAAAUAGUAGUCUCAUGGUCAUACUAUUAGUUUGGGUAAAUUUUGACUAAGUUGCUUUGAAAGCAUAUCAAUGUCAGAUUUUGACAUUUUUAAUCUUUUGGUAUGUCAAGAAAUGUUAUAGCUAGUUAGAGAUCUAUUGACAUAUGCGAUGUCAUUUUUGGAUGCCUAACAUGUGAAAUAUAUCUUGACUCACCUUUAGACUCUACCCAUUCUAUCACUUCUAUGUUUAAUUAUAUUAUAUUUAGAUUAACAUACAUGUAGACAAUUUCUCUCUAGUCUAGUUAUGAAUUUAUUAUAACUAAGUUGACACACUUUCUCUCUCCUAUUUUUUUACUUGAUUUUUGCUAUAUUAACUUCCCAAGUUGAUUCACAUAGUCCAACCCAUAACUUGUCCAACUAAGAGCUUGAGUCAUUUUUUCUCAAAUUCAACUUCAUUCUUUUAUAUCUAUUUUUUUGAUGAUUUUUUUACUAUAUUUUGAAGGAAAAAUAUAAUUAAGCAAAAAUGAACUAAGAUCUGAUAAUUUAGAUCACUUAAAUAUUAAUGUAAUAAUAACAUGAUAUUUUUUCCUUUUUAUCUUUUAUUUUAUUGCAUCAAAACACUUCUACCAGCAAUUAGUAUAUUAAAUUAGCAUUAAGGCUUCAAUUAGCAUCAAACUAGAUUUCAUGGCUUUAGCCAACCUACAUAUUUCAGUAAAAUAUUAUUUUUAGAUUCAUGACAUUAGAAGGUCAAUUAAAUCAACUACUAUUCUAGAUUCAUGACUUUAGCUUGACCCCAAAUACAGAACAAGAACUCUUACAAAUUUAGUGUGUUACUUUUGGUGGCAUUAA